CUUUGAACGCCAAUAAAGAAAAGAAACUUAUGAGUUGUUGAGUGACAGUUCUGUGAAACUAGAAAUUUUCUGUCAAUUCUCGAGAGUCUCUGGGUUGUGCAACAUAUUAAGAAUCUGCCAUGAACUGUCAGGACCCGUUUCCAGGUGAGUUAUUUUAGAGUUUAAUACCGUGGAUUUGGGCUGUAGAGGAUUUGUUGGGUUUAUUCACUUAACACACGCAAAACAUUGCAGAUGCUGAAUAUAUUCUAAAUCCUACCUUUUUCACCAAAUUCCUCAGAUAACACACCACUUUUCAUUUGCAUAUUUUUUUUUUAAUUUAAAUGUUUUAAUUCUCCAUUUAGUUUUUUACCAUAUGCCAACAUUAGUUUUGCUACCAUACAUUUUAUUUUUUAUUUUUUUUUAAAUUUGAUAUGUAUGCAUUGGCUGGUGAGCAGGGCCUAUCAAUAUAUACCCACCUACCUCAAAUCCUUAUAGAUUGUAAGCUCAUUCGAGCAAAUGUCCCCUAUUUAUAAUUGUUAAUCGAUGGAGAACAUGUUGUCGCUAAUCAAAUGGCAACAAUAAUAAUUUGUCAGAUUAUUAAUUUCGUUAAUGAAGAGCAGGCAAUGGAUGGAUGUGGCAUGUGUAACCUAUUAAUAUAAGUAUUCCUAACACUAUAGUGCCCUAGUAAUAGGCCCUGCGCUGUCAGGGUUAAAAAAGGGGAUUUAUUCACCCUUCAGCACAGACUGAAAUAGGAUAGUUUAACUCUGCUAUUUUAUGGAAGCACUUCUGGUGACUGUCAUAUUGAUGGCCACUACAGGCUGGUUAACCCUGCAAUGUCAACAUUACCGAUCCUGCAGAAUGGCAGUGUUUUCAAUUAAGGGAUAAAGGGGAAAAGGGGCACAUGUCACCCAGGCCAUUUCAUUAAAGGACCACUAUAGUGUCAGGAAAACAAACUUGUUUUCCUGGCACUAUAUAAUCCCUAGGUCCCCCCACUCUCAGGUCCCCCCACUCUCAGGGCUCCCCUCCCGCUGGGCUGAAGGGGUUAAAACCCAUUCAGCUACUUACCUUUAUCCAGCGCCGGCUCCCUCGGCGCUGGUGACCUCUCCUCCCCCUCCGACCUUAGCUCCCGAGUGGAGCCAAAUGCGAAAGAGCGGCCAGAGCCACGUGUGCAUUAAAAACACCCAAAGGAAAGCAUUUCUCAAUGCUUUCCUAUGGAUGUUCUGCAUGCUCAAUGCGAUUUUCGCAUUGAGCAUCAGGGAAGCACCUCUAGCGGCUGUCAGGAAGACUAGCCACUAGAGGCUAGAUUAACCCUGCAAUGUAAACAUAGCAGUUUCUCUAAAACUGCUAUGUUUACAGCUUCAAGGUUAAAACCUGGGGGACCUGGCACCCAGACUACUUCAUUGAGCUGAAGUGGCCUAGGUGACUUUAGUGGUCCUUUAAGAUUAAGUGGUCUGUGUGCUUAAAAUGUGUUUAUUGAAGCUCUGCAAUAUAAGUGAUAUUUAUAUGAUACCACAGACAGACUAGAGUUGGUCAAAGCUUUUUAAACAGAUAACAGAUAACAAGUCCUGCCUGGAGUGUUAUUUUAUGCAAUACAUUUUGUUAGUAAAAUUAGACUGGAAGAAUGCUUGUUCCUCUAUGAUGGUGAAAACCUUUGAAUUAUUAGAAACAAUAUAGUUACGUGUCCUUAAAUGACUCCAGAAGCAUUGGUUGGCAUCGGGGGAUAAAAUAUGGUAUCAUGAAUGAUGGCAUAUGGGAUCGUAGAAUGAAAUAUCACAUUUGAGAUCUUUACUCUGUACCUAGGUCCUUAUGGUUUACCAGUUUAUUGUGAAGUAACUGGCAGCCCUCUCUCGUACAACUUGCACCACAUUGCCUCAAUAAACAGUUAUGCUAAAAUGGAAGAAAAAACAAAACAAAUAUUCAAUGCAAGAACUAAAUUUGUCUUCAUAUACACAGAUUCAGUGGUGGAAAAUAACGACCCAAUGUCAGAGGUAGGUCAAGAGGACAACCCUAUGGCUUUGCCAUCAAGUACCCAAGACAUAAUUCCAAACCAGAAUGAGAAGGUAAAUACAAGGACAUUCUACGCAUGCCACUUCUGUUUUUUAAAGAGGAACUGUAGCCUUUGUUAUUUUUUUUAAUAUUUACUUAUUCUUUAUGUUGAACAUUUACUAAAGGGUUAAAGGGUUACUCCAAGCACUGUGUAUUUAAGAUUUGAAGUGGUCUGUGGAGUCUGCCCAUGCAGCGUGGCGCUAUGAAACGCUGCACUUGCCAAGAUUAACUCUCUGUUACUGGAGGUGUAACUCCACUGCCAUUAACUUCAUUGGUGUAUCUUUAGUCAGCCCAGAACAAGGAGCCCAUGUCCCUCCUCACCUAAUGUCGUGGAUGAAGGAGGGAUUAAAUAAAUUCUGUACACUUAAUUCUGGAGCGAUCUCUAAUAAAAGCCUAUGGGGGUCAAUAUGAUCUCAAUAUUAGUAUAAGGGAGGUUUAAAUCCUCCCUCGUGCCCUUAGGCACCUUGCUGCAGAUAAAAAUUACUAAACAUUGAGCACCUGGUGGCUGCUUGCUAUCAUUAAAGAAUAGCAAUUAAUACAAGCUAAUAAAAUAAAGAAUAAAUAGGAAGAGACCUAGUGUCCCUCCCCAGUCAUGAGCGUGAGCGGUAUAUUGCGGCUCAAAAUAUAAUAACCUGGGGAUACCUAGAUAUUAUGGCUAGAUAUCAUCUUAAGUGCAGGGCUCUCUCUACCUCUUGUAUUUGUCUGUGUAUAUUGUACGUUCUCCACUAAUUGUACAGCGCUGCGGAAUCUGUUGGCACUUUAUAAAUACCAGUAAUAAAUAAAUACCUAUAGUCUCCCCUAACUCCCACCCAUUGGUGGCAGGUGGGGGCUCUAAUAUGGGUGGCAGGUGGGGGCUUUAAUAACUUUGGGGGUCAUUAUUGUCCACUAAGCUUGCAUGAUGGGAACAGCCCUUCCCCACUCUAUGCAAACUCAAUCAGAGCGCUCUGAUUGGUUGGUUUGUAAUGUGUUGGUGCUGGCUGAGAAUAUAGAUCCCUACUUGGUUAUUAUAUUUAGAGCCCCAUCCGCUGUCAAUGAGUAAAGGCUAAGGAGGGCAAUAGUUCCCAACCCCCUUCCCGGGUUAUUGUAUUGAGAGCCCUCUCUAAGUCUCCAAUGGGUGGUGGCUGGGGGGGGGAAAUAGGCCCAUUUAUUAUACUUAGAGCCCCAAUCCGCCGCCAAUGGGUGGGAGCUAGGGGGGACAAUAUUCCCCUGAAUUAUUGCAUUUAGAGACCCACCUGCCUUUCAUUUUAUUUAAUAGCUCCCACCUGCUGACUACAAGUGGGAUCAUGGAUGGGGACACUAUGUCUCCUCCCGCUUCAUUAUUUUAUUAAUUGCUUCUGUACCAGGUCACCCCUUUAUUCUUCUUCACAUCUAGUCUCAUUAAUCUUGUCUUGUUCAUAUUUUGUGUCAAAUACCUGUUUUCAGUUGUGACAUAUUCCCAUUCUAUAAUUCUAAAUUGUCUGAUCUCUUUUUGAUAAAAAAAAACUUGCCCAAUAUGCAAUAAAUGAUGAUGAGUUUGGUAGACAGAAAGAUCAAAAAAGUUGCAUUGUUAUAGAAUUGUUCUUCGGUUGAUAUAAUAAAAUGUAACACCGUCUGAUAAUUUCAAAUGCUUUGGGAGAUAACUAGCAUAUUUCUAUUCUCAAACGUCGUGAUAAUACAUAUUCUGAUCACAUUUUUCUCACCAUAUAGAAAGGUCCAGUACAUGUCUGCAUCCGGGAAUGUAUUGAUGACAAAGAUGACAAGUCAAAUGCAAUACAUCAGCUUCUGCAAUUAAAGAAGUCAAUGGUUGAACUCUUAGAUGCAUAUGACGAAAAAAUGAGUACAAUGCACACUGUGGCUUUCCAAAAUAGAGAGAGACUUGCUCAAUCAUUUCAAGACCUAAACCACUACUUGUUAAGAGAAAAGGAAACUCAACUGGCCACGGGAAAGGACAAAGAAAUUAAACUUGUACAAAAUUUGGAUGAGAGAGUUUUGGAUUUGGUACGUAUGGCAACCUCCGUAGAAGAUAUGCUGCUGAAACUGGAACAAAAAAAGCCAAGAAGAUGGAAAACUCCUGCAAUGAACCAAAUAAAAGAUGCCAAAGAUAAGUUAAGGGAAUUUAGUAGAUCUGAGGAGAAUCUGGAGGGACAGAUGUCUGCUGUUCAGCUCAGGGAGUGGAGAGGCCUGAGACAUUUUGUUAAACCAAUACCAGAAACACUAUACUUUGAUCCACAAAGUGCCCAUCCUAACCUGGUCCUGUCACCAGAUCUCAAACAGGUGAAGGUUGGGUUCUUUCUUCGUGAAAUAAUAUAUGAGAAACACUGUUUUAUGCCAGGCAUAUACAUACUAGGAAAGCCUGGAUUCCACUCUGGGAAACACUACUGGGAAGUUGACGUUGGACAGAAGACUAACUGGAUCAUUGGUGUUGCGAAGGAAUCCGUGAAACGCAAAGAAAACCAAGAUCUGAGCCCAACGAAUGGAUACUGGGUUCUACGUAAAGCGCAAGACCACGUGUUCUAUUGCCUUGAAGCUUCCCAUCUAUGUCUGAAAAUGAAAGCCUCUCCCAUGAGGAUAGGUAUCUAUCUGGACUUUUCAAGUAGUCACCUAAGUUUUUAUAAUGUAGAUCUUGCAUGCCUGAUUUUUGAGCUCUCUGAUCUCCCCAUUGAGGAGGCACUUUUUCCCUUUUUCUGUCCAGGGAUUCCUUUGCUGAUAGAAGAUUUUCCUCCACUAACUCUCAUUAAUUAAAGGGUUACUCCAACCACCAUGACUACUUAAUUGAUUUAAAUAAUAACAUAAUAAUAAUAAUGUAUGUGUAGUGUUUAAGCUUGAGAUAUUUUCACUUGUGUGCUGAAGGCUAGUUUCACCCCCAGAACACGUGGCAUUGGCAGCCCAGAACUCUCCUCUCCCUCUUUAACUGUGGGUGUUGGGUGCCCCUACCACCUCCCUCCAUCACACAUUUGUCAAUUAAAAAACCAAAAUGUUCCCUGUCACUGUGCUUGCCAUGUAUACAGAAUACUCUGUGUGAUGUGGAUACUAGUCUAUAGUGGACUUGUGUGAUGCAUUUAAUGUGAGGAGUUUUAUAGUCUGCCAGUCUAAAGUGUUUUAGGUGUGUGUGACGGACCACCUGGCAGUCGGACUGGGUGCCUCCGCCAAUCGCUGCUUCCUAGUUGCCUUCAGUACUAUAAGCACCACACCGGACACCAUAAGCACAGUAGCCCUUUAGCCGCCGCAGCUUGGCUGGGGUCUUGCCAUCUUCCACCCACCCUGGACCUAAGACAAGGAUCCCGCUUCCAGUGGGUGAACCUCUCCUCCUGCAGAGAGUAUAGCAGGUAUAGCUGUGUAGCUCUUACAAGAGCUAGUGAUUAUAGCCAGUAUAGUAAUCAGAAGUAGGUAUAGCUGGUAUAGCUGUUCCCUACAAUCACAAGAUGAGGCUGCGUGUUGAGGGUGAAGUGAACUGAUUUUAAUGGGACCACACUUGGUCUUUUAUGAUAGUCCCAAUGCAAAGGGCACUACCCCCUGGACCUGAGAGUAAACCACAGUAGAAACAAAUACGCAAACACAUUGGCUCUCAGAUCCAGGACACUCAUAAAAGAUUAAUCCCUGUAUUAACUCAAUUAUCUCCAGACACAAAAAUACACAUUUUUAUAAAACCCCCAAAAUACCUUUAAAACAUACAAAAGCUGCACAAAGGUUACAUCCCCUGAUAGCCACGAUCUGGGUGAACAACAUAUCCAAAAAUCCCAGAUCGGUUCAGGCGUUCAAGAAUUUCCUGGAAGUCAUAGUUUUGCAACAGUUCCAUAGAAUCGCGGCUAAGUGCUGCUGGGGACUGACCAGGAACCACAAAGUCUCCCUGCCGAAAUCAGUUCCAUAGAUUCGCGGCUAAGUGCCGCUGGAGGACCAACCAGGAACUGCGAAGUUUUCAUGCCGAAAAUAGUUCCAGGGCAUUCGCGGCUAAGUCCCCCUGAAGUCUAUUCGCGGUUUUGGUCCAUGCGAACGGCCGUCAGUGAGCUAGCGUUCGGUUCUAUGGAAAGUGUCGAACCAGGGGAACCAGGGGGAAUAAAAUAUGGGUCUUUACUGUCGCUGAUCUGGCCCAUAGUCUUUUGGCAGGAGGCUGGCAAGCAGACCCCUCGAAGAACCAGGGGCGAGGUUCUGUUCGCCACAGUGUGCUACUGGCUCCAUAGAGGCCAAUAGCACAUACCUCAAAACCAUACAGAUUUUCGUGUCCUGUCCCGUAUUAGUUUUCUGCUGUCCCGCUUUUAGAGACAACAGGGAACUGUCCCCAACAAUCAUAGCACAUCAUAAUAAGACAUGCUCAUGCCCAAGUUCAGUGCACUAGGAUCCUGCAGAGUUCAAUGAAACAGUGCUCCUUGCAUGUCCUGCUCUCAGGGGGCCUACCUGAGUGAUGGGCAGGCAGCUUGGCAUGCAUUCACGCCAGACUGACCUGCCAUUCACUUGAGCGGACCUGCCCCCUUUUAGGCAGGCCAUCCCCUUAAUUGACAGAUCAGUCCCUUUGGGGGUAGGGGCAGUCAUGCAAUCUCCUCACUGGCCCCGCCCUCUUUACCUUCCUCCCACGUAUUCAGAUUCUUAACAUGUCAGAGUUGAGAGCUAUGCUAGCAUACCUCUUGGAUGGUACAAUCCUGUAAUUUGUCCUAUGCUGUAUCAGUCAGAGUGGUGCAUACCUCCCAACUGUCCCUAUUUAGAAGGGACAGUCCUUAUUUUGGGGCCAAAUAUGAAUCUCUUCUAUUCUAAUGUCCCUCCAUAUUUCUGGUUUCU